GUCAUACAAAGGGUUAAAUCUGCUUCUGUCACAGUAGAUGGCCAGCUCAUCUCGACGAUCGGCAAAGGUCUCUUGGUGUUCGCCGCGAUAGGCAAAGAUGACACCAAGAAGGAAGCCGAGUCCAUGGCAGCGAAAGUCCUGAAAGUGAAGCUGUGGGACGACGAACAGGGAGGCCGGUGGAAACACAAUGUCCAAGAUAUCGCAGGCGAAGUGCUAUGUGUAUCACAAUUCACACUUCUCGCCUCCACCAAAAAGGGCAACAAGCCAGACUUCCACAAAGCCGCACCACCUCUCAAAGGCAAAGAACUCUACGACACAUUCAUCACUCAAGUCCGCAAACUCUACCUAGAAGAUCGUGUCAAAGACGGUGUCUUCCAAGCCAUGAUGGAUGUGGGAAUCGUCAACGACGGACCGGUAUCG